AUGGGCUGGGCCAACAAAUUAUUUAAGCCUCACUUGACUAUGCAGUAUCACUUUCAUUCAUCUCUAAAUUUUCAGUCAUCUUCACGAUGGGGAAGAAGUACUUUGAAGGACAGACAUAACAGCGAUGGAUACUCCAUGUCUAGAGAAAUAUUCCUGUACAGAGUACUCCGUAGAACUCGCUGCGUUGACGCUGUCUCAACAAACAAAGCAAACAUUCAAUUAAGGUGUUUCGCGCCUCGCGUCGUUCCGCGCGCCGGCUCUGUCGCCGACCAUUCCAGCGAGGCCCAGAAUAAGGGUCCUGACCACAACAACAAGAGCAGUCGCCGUCGGGAGAGUUUCGCCUCGCAGGAUUCACAGACGGCAGAAGAGUUCAUCGAUUCGCAGUUGAAGCUCGAAGCCGAUGCGCGAGAAGUCCUGCCCUAUUCCUUCGACUCAUGCACACAACCAUUAGGUCCUCUCCGACAGACGCUUUUUUCCUGCUUGACCUGCAAUCCGCCUCCCGAAAACCCCGACGAGCCGUACACAGCCGCCGGGGUGUGCUAUUCAUGCUCCAUCUCCUGCCAUGGCGAGCACAACUUAGUCGAGCUGUUCAGCAAGAGGAAUUUCGUAUGCGAUUGCGGCACUUCGCGCCUGCCAUCGACGUCGCCGUGCACCCUGCGAAAGGACCCGGAGACGGGCGCUAAAGGGAUGCAUUCGCAGAAACCGGCAGAGGGCAACAAGUACAACCACAACUUCCGCAAUCGGUUCUGCGGCUGCGCUAAGCAUGAGGGAGAGAACGGUACCGCCGAGGAAGACGAUGGAGAGGAGGACGAUGAAGAAAGCCUUCCUCCGGGUUUCCCGGAAGAAGAUGAUUUCGAAACGUUCAUUUGCUACAAAUGCCUGGAUUCCAAUCCAUGGUUGAAACGAUACGCCAACACGCCGGGCUUCCUGCCUCCAGUUCACAAAGACGGAGGAUUGCGUGGUCCAAAGGGUGCGGCUGAAGAGAAGCAAGAGCAAUCUACGGGGUCACGAAAACGCAAGGCGGAUGAAGCAGAAGAUGAGCGCGACUCGAAGCGAGCAAAAGGUGACGAAACGAAUGAAAAUGAAAACGGAAAUGAAAACGGACAAGUUAAGAAAAAGGAAGAGCCUGCAGAUUCGACACCGCCAAAGCCCAAGCCCAAGCACGAAUCACUACCCCGGGAUGCUCCCACAGGAACAUUCUCUCUCUUCGUCAAAGAAGACUUCCGCGAGCGCCUGUGCCACUGUCCAGAGUGCUUCCCGAACCUGAUCCCCCACCCACAACUCCGCGAAGAGGAAGAAACAUACGAACCACCUUUGUCGGAAGACGGCGACGCAGCAAACGGCAGCCAAGGCACCGGAAGUCUGCUUGAGAGGGGCGAAGCCGCACUGAGCAACAUGGACCGCGUGAAAGCCAUCGAGGGCGUGAUGGUGUACAACCACCUGCGCGACAAAGUGAAGGAGUUCCUGAAACCCUUCGCCGAGAGCGGCAAACCCGUCAGCGCGGAGGACAUCAAGGCGUAUUUCGAGAAGCUGCGCGGCGAUGACCUUGCGAUUAAAGAAGCUGGCGGUCUAGCAUCAGCGUUUGGAGGGGGACGAUCUGACGACAACGGUGGUGGAGGAGAGGGCGACAACCGGAGAGAACAAAGUGACACGAUCGAUUCUCUCUCGCUAACUUACUUCCAGAAUACUAUAAGUACUAUUCAAGACGAUCAAUCAAAGUCAAGUAGUCAAGGCAAGGCAAGACAAGAAAAGAAGAAUACUUACUUAUUUAGGCACUUACAGCUCAGCCCUAGCAUUACAUUACUUAGUUCACAUCUACCCAGGCCUAGUCCACAGACGCUGUACAGUACAUACGCUGUACAUACAACACUCUACGGAGUACAUAUCUCGUGGUCUUGUCGGUCGGGUCAGGUCCCGCCCGGUACCUGCCUAAGGUUAAGUGAUUUUGAUUCCGACUUGCUAGGUAUAGGUAAAUCCGCGUAUAUAUUAGGUUAUGGUUAUGCAUAUGUUAUACAGACAGACAGACAAACAGACAGCAACGAGACUAGAGACUAA